AUGGAAAGAUCUGCAGUAGAUGAAUGUAUCCCGAAAACAAAAGGUAAAAAAAGACAAAAUGCGCCGUGGAUUAAUAAAGAGCUAAUAUCUCUAUGUAGGAAGAAAAAGCUACUUUAUAAAAAAGCAAAACGGAGCCAAAAUGAAAGUACCUGGAUUCGUUAUCGUCAAAUGAAUAACAAUUUGAAAAGGAAGUGCAAUGAGGCUCGGUGGAGGUAUAUAACCGAUUUAGCUCAAGAUUUGACAGACAACAACAAUCCCAAACCAUUUUGGAACUUUGUGAAAUCCAAGUGUAAAGGAAUAAAUAAAUUGAUAUCCCUGAAAGUUGGAGAAUCUGUUUUCACGGACGACCAAGGUAUUGCAGAUAGCAUGAGCUCGUAUUUUUCUUCUGUUUUUACAGUUGAAAAUUAUGAUAAUAUCCCAGUGCUUGACUAUAUUGUGGACGAGAGAUUAGAGAACAUCCGUUGUCCGGUCGACGAAGUAGGAAAGCUUCUUCUAAAUCUUAAGGACGACUUAAUCUUCUUCUAAAUCUUAAGGGACCUGACAAUAUCCCUGCACGUAUUCUAAAGGUAUGUGCAACAGAACUGGCACCUUCAAUCUCACUUUUGCUAAAUAAGUCAUUGUCGAUGGGCAUGCUACCUAUAGAGUGGAAAACUGCCAACAUUACACCGAUUUUUAAAAAAGGUUUGAAGAAUAGUAGAGAAAACUAUCGUCAGAUAUCUCUUACAGGGAUUAUAUGCAAAAUAGGGGAGAAAGUUGUUCGAAGUAGAGUUCUCGAUUUCUGGUAUAGAAUGAAUAUUUUGAGUGAGAAUCAGUUUGCCUAUUUGAAAGGCAAGUCAACAGUAACACAACUACUAUCAACUGUUGAUGAUUGGGUGAGAUCUAGGAACUCCGGUGUGCCCACUGAUGUUAUAUUUCUUGACCUCGCAAAGGCGUUCGAUAGUAUGCCGCACGAAAGAUUGAUUUUGAAGUUAAGAAGUUAUGGUAUCGAAGGGAGUUUAUUGACAUGGUUCAGGCAUUUCAUUACAGGCAGGAAGCAAGUGUUGUAA